AUGUCAACAUUCUCCGCCUUCACACUAACCCCAGAAGAAAUCCUCUCCUUCGAGACAGACCUGCAAGACCUUCUCUCCAGCAUUCACCGCAUCCUCAACGAACGACCAUCUCCCCUGUCCGUCUACGACUGGUCCGAGGCUUUACGCCUCGUCCGCGACGCCUUCAUGCUGGCGGUGGACAUGCAUGCCCUGCUCCCGGAAUCCGACGCGCGCCUCGUGACAUUGUUCCGGUACAAAGGCGACUGCCUCCGGGGUCUUGGCCGGCGUCAGGAAGCGCGAGACGCAUACCUGGCAUCCCGCCGCGCGGAGGAAGAGUGCUGCAUCGGCGCCGCGGGGAACUGGCGGCUCGGGGAGGAGCCGGAGCCAUGGCUGUGCGACGAGGUGCGGUCGAGGCGCCUGGGCAGGCUAUGGAGCACGCCGCUCCGCGAUGAGCCAGAUCUUGGCGUGCUGGGCUACAAGACAGAGCUGUGGGACCCGGAGCCGCCUCUACUAGUCGGGAGCGCCGAGUGUUGGCCGAGGCGGGUGGAAGGCUGUACUCGGGACGUGACCGGUGGAUUGCCUUGGAGCCUGAGUGAGGUCGUUGGGGGCUUUGUGGGUGUCAGGACGCCCGUGUUGAGGUCGAGGAAGGGCGAGAGCAUUGCGAAGGGGAAGGCGGUUAAGUGUGCACCUUGAGACAAGUAUAGCAAAACGGAAUGUGGCUGCGUUAAUUCAAGGCCAAUAUAGGAAUUUAAUGUGCAAUG